GUCUGUUUUUAAAAUAUCAUCACAUCUAUGACCCAUACAACAAUCUGCACAGGCUUCUGAGUUGGGGAAAGUUUAAUUUGGAUAACCCUGUACUUCUGUGGAUCGUUUGUUGACUAAAAACUGAUCUAGUCAUGUGUUGGCUGAUAGUGCGGUACAACUAUCCUAAUAAACAGCAACAAAUUUUUAAAAAAGCGGCGUAAAAAUUUGAAAAACAUUCACAUUUUGCGUAAAUUUUGAUUUAAACAAAAUGUGAUACAGUUUGUCUACUUCAAUUUUUUCUUAAAUAUUUUUAUCACAAAAUAAGAUCUUUAUGAAUUAUUUGUUUAAUUAUAAGAAACAAAUUUUAUAUAGAAAUAAAAGCGUUUUUUAAAUAUUAAUACUUUUACUUUGGCACUUAAUUUUAGAACUCCAAAUAAACAAUUCGAAUAAUCGUGGGUCUACUGUACUUCCAUAGAAUUUUUCAACCGAAAAAUAAAUUUUCAAAUAAAAAAGUUAGAAAUUCCUAAAGUUAUCGGUUUAUUUGAAACCUCAUGAAACUACUUUGGAAUUCGAAUACUCGUAUACAAUUUUUCUUUUACGAAUGCGAUGAAGCAAUGUAACAGAAUUACAUGCAAAUUAAAAAUAGGAAAAAGGGUAUGUUGCAUUUUAUUGAAACACGUUAAUGUCUUAAAAAUUAUAUUAGCCAUGUAGCCUUCACCACAAUGAAUACAAUUUUGCAGUCGCGCAUAAAAGUUUGCUAUUAUAUAUAAUAACAAGUUUGGUGGUUUCAGCAAGUUACACUAUAUUUCGACAAAACAAGCAGGAAUAUUUUCCAAAUUUUUCCCGUCCGUUUCACUUCGUAGUUUAUAUUUCUUGAUCUACUUAAUAAUUUUCGAUUGGACGGCAUGAGAUCCGAAGUGUAUGUUUCUCAUCCCCCAGUAAUCAGGAGCUUAAACAAGAAGAGUAAAAUGCGCCAAGUUAAUAUUAUUAUAAAUUAUACAACUCUUAUAAAAAAAACAUGCAGACGAUUCAUGUACUGUGCUCAGAUUCGUAUUAAAAUCUAAAUUAGAUCAAUCCUAAUAUUUAAUACACCUUCUGUUCCGGAAAGUUCAAGAAGACUAUUUCUAGCAUAGAAGGAAUUUAUUUCAGACGUACCCAAAGUAUUAGAAAUAAGAUUAAUUAUCUGUAUUAACAUCAUAAUUGGUAAUAGAGAAACUGAGUGAAUAUGUUGCAUUCAUUUUUGAAGCACGAAAAGAAAGGAUUUUUUUCUCACGAAUCAUGUAACCGGAAACCAUAAUAUUACCGAUUUUUUUUUCCCCUUUUCCAGGAAAGGUUAAAUUUCAUCUGACCGGAAGAAGAUCAAAUAAAAGCACAGUAGGGCACAAUGCUAAAGGCGUUCCUUGAUGAAAAGGGGGCGUUGGCGUGGGCAGGAUGCAGAAAGGGUAAUUCAACUUUUUUCGUCUCCUGCGAUUACAUAAAGGAAGGUAAUUCAUUUCAAGAGAACAACAAACCUGCUGGAGCUUCAGCUGAAAGACACUCAUUUCUUCAAUAUGCUAUGCUGCAUUUUAGAGAUAACGAAACCAGCAGACAAGUUCAGGCAGUAACCAGCGGUGGAUCUAUACGAGGUACAGUUAAAAUAUUUGAAUAUUUGACAGGGAAGAAAUCCAGAAAGUCUCAGCUUAGUGAAUGGACGUGGAAAGAGCUCACGGAUAAAGUCAAAUAUUCACCG